CUGAACCUGGUUGCAGUGAGGAACCCAGUCUCUCCCAUUCCGGUGCCCCUCGCCUUCUCCCGGCCCCCUGCCGCUGCUGCAACUCACCCCACAAUCCCGGAUAUAAGUCCUGCCCCUUUAAGAGGAAAAAAAGCUUCCCCCGCCUGCCUUCCACCCUACCCAUCUACAAGGACCUUUGUCUCCCCACCCCCUCUGUCAGUCGGCCCCGCCCCAUGUCCCCGCCCCCUCCAAAGCUGAGGAACCAAUGGGUGAAGAAAAUAAGGCCGGGGUAUGACGUCAGCAUGUCCGGCCAAUCACAGGGCGCGUUGGUGGGAGGCCUUGCGGAGGGCGCGCCCGGAGGAAGGAAGGCAGGAGAAAGGAAGCUUGAAGUCAAGAUGGAGACUGGUAGUGGCUCUGCCACUGCUGUGGCGAACGGGGACUUGGGAUCCCAGAGGGACUGGAGCCUGGUGCCUGAGCGGCUUCAGAGUCGAGAACAUGAGCGGCAAGUGGAGGUGGAAAGGCGGAAACAAAAGCGGCAGAACCAGGAGGUGGAGGAGGAGAACAGCGACUUUUUCGCCGCCGCCUUCUCUCGGGAGCGAUCGGCCGUGGAAGAGCUUCUGGAAGGGGAGUCCAUCGAGCAGCUGGAGGAGGCGGCCGCUCGGCUGCAGGGGCUGCAGAAACUACUCAACGACUCGGUUUUGUUCCUGGCCGCCUACGACUUGCGGCAGGGACAAGAGGCGUUGGCGCGGCUGCAGGAGGCCCUGGCCAAGCGGCGCCGGGAGCUGCAGCCUAAGAAGCGUUUCGCUUUCAAGACCCGCAGGAAGGAUGCUGCUUCAGCCACCAAAGUAGAUUCGGCUCCCGGCGCCCCGGCAGCGGAAGGCAUCCUGGCCUCCCCGCCGCCCUUGAAGGAGGAGGAAGGCUUCGGCUCCAGCUGGAUCUGCGGCUUCUCCAACCUGCAGUCCCAAGUCUUGGAGAAGAGGGCCGAGGAGCUGCACCAGCGGGACGUCCUUUUGACCCAACUGAUUAACUGCACGAUCAAACUGUAUGGCAAUCCCAACACCCUGCGGCUGACCAAGGCUCGAGGCUGCACGCUGCUCUGCGGCCCGGUGUCCACCUCCGUGUUCCUGGAGAACUGCAGUGACUGCGUGCUGGCCGUGGCCUGCCAGCAGCUCCGCGUACACACCACGAAAGACACCCGCAUCUUCCUGCAGGUGACCAGCAGGGCCAUCGUGGAGGACUGCACCGGGAUACAGUUCGCCCCGUACACCUGGAGCUACCCGGGGAUCGACAAGGACUUCGAGGGCUCUGGUUUAGACAGGAGCAAAAAUAACUGGAGCGACGUUGACGAUUUCAACUGGCUGGCCCGUGAUGUGGCCUCCCCAAACUGGAGUAUUCUUCCUGAAGAAGAGCGAAGGAUCCAGUGAGACUAAGCAGUUGUCACUCUUUUCUUCAAUCCUACCAAAUACACUCCUCUGUGGGACUGACUCCAGCUAAUGGGACCCCCAAAUUUACUUCUUGUCACGCUCGCUGUCUGUUUUCAUUAUUUUAAGACUUUAGAUUGUGAUAGGCUCCUACUUUCGAUUUCCAUUAAAUUUGUGGCAGGUCUAGCACUUUAAAGAAUUUUUGCUAUUUUG